AUGAACUGUUUAGUGCUGCUCUUGUCAAUUCUAGUGUCCCUCGUGGCUGCAGAAGGUAUCAAUAAUACAGAUGUUUCAUAUUCACACCAUACAAAUAACUGGGCAGUGCUAGUUUCGACAUCUCGAUUUUGGUUCAACUAUCGUCAUAUUGCCAAUACGCUCAGCAUGUAUAGAACAGUGAAAAGGUUAGGAAUCCCCGAUUCGCAAAUCAUCCUUAUGCUAUCUGACGAUAUUGCAUGUAAUCCUAGAAAUGCGUUCCCCGGAGAAGUGUUCAAUAACAAGGACAGACAAAUCGAGCUCUACGGAGACAACGUCAAGGUGGAUUACCGUGGUUACGAGGUGACCGUUGAGAAAUUUAUACGGCUUUUAACGGACAGAUGGCCUAAAGAGCAUCCGAAAUCAAAAAGACUACUUACGGAUGAGCAUUCUAACAUCUUCAUCUAUAUGACGGGUCAUGGAGGUGCGGAUUUUCUCAAAUUUCAGGACGCAGAAGAGAUUGCAUCGCAAGAUUUGGCUGAUGCUUUUGAACAGAUGCAUGAAAAGAAGCGUUAUAACGAAAUCUUGUUCAUGAUUGAUACUUGUCAGGCAAAUACGAUGUACAGUAAGGUAUACUCGCCUAAUGUUUUGGCAAUAGGAUCGUCUGAAAUGCAUGAGAGCUCCUAUUCGCAUCAUUCUGAUACAGAAAUAGGUGUGGCUGUCAUUGAUAGAUUCACCUACUACAAUUUGGAGUUCUUGGAGAAUGUCACGCGUGAUUCUCCGCUUACUAUGCAGGACUUAGUUAAUUCGUACACCUUGGAUAAGAUCCAUUCUAAUGCUGGUGUACGUACUGAUUUGUUUGACAGAAAUUUAUCCGAUGUACUCAUUACCGAUUUCUUUGGAAAUGUUCAGAAAACCGUGGUGGAUGACGUCGAAGACGGUUUGUUAUAUUUGGCUGAUGAAGGCUCUGCAACUGCACCGAAGACGGAGGUCCCAUCUUCAUCUUCAUUAAGUGCUCGUACCACUGGUUUCUCUGGUAAAGACAACAUGAUAAAACUUGGUUCCAGUGCUGGUUCUACGAGUACGUUCAAAUCUGCCACCGUUCUCCUCUCCAUCAUUUUCCUUACCGUUUACUAUGUAAAGCAUUUGUAG